CCGAUGUUUUUUGCAAGUUCGAUAAGUUAGUAGGUACUUAAUGCAGCGUUAAAAUAACACUUAUUUUUGUGCAGUAGAGAUAGUCAGUUUUCGUUUUUAAUGAAGUACUUUUCGUUUGGAUUCAAACAAUCCAGAAAGAAGCGAAUCGUAUGAUAGGUAAGGUACAUUGCAUACGUACCCUAUACCUAGACCUACAUACAUUGAUUUCAGAUGUAUGUACAUACAAUUAAAAUGAUUAUUUGUUAAUGGAAAAUUAUUGACUUUAUUAAUGUGGUCGUUCGCGGUCUCGAAGUUCGAUUGUUUCUUUCGAUAAAAGUGCCGUAGAAUUUUCAAUUUGGUAACUAAGUACCUAUUUCAGAACAUAACAGUUCUUCAAGCUUCACUUCUAGUUCAGAUUUGAAAUAUGUCGGAUAUUGGCCCAAACCAGUCUAUUCAAAUCGAGUUCGUUUGUAAAUUGUAUUUCGGUCGAAUUCAACAUGUGGGACGUAACAAAUUAUUUGAAAGAGUAUGCACAUACUCGACUGAUUGCGAACUAAAAUGUGACGAAAAAGUUAUUCGUAAUUAUUUGAGAUGGAGUUUGACGUUGGACUACAAAAGUGAUGGUCUAUUUUAUUUCACAUUAUAUAGUACAUACUUCAAUAAUCGCUCUGAUGAAGUGCUGUCCUCUAAGUGGAUAUGUGACAAUUGGAACCAAUUUCUCAGACCUGGAACAAACAUUUCCGAUCCAAAUCAGUGUUCACUCUAUUCGCAAGGACGGAUAUUGCGGAGACUUUAGUAUAUCUUUAGAUCCUGAGAUUCGCGAGAGAAAGUUACGUGUUUGGCAAGAUAAUAUCUUAUUUGUUGUUGAACUGAGUACACCGGGAAAUGAUUUGGACACAAUCGCUAGUUCGAUUGAAAACGACGAAUACAGUCUUUCAAGCGACCUGGAACGGAUUCGCAUCGAUGAAGAUUUCAGCGAUGUAACUAUCUCAGUGAAAGGUAAAAAUUAUCCGGCUCAUAAAUUGAUUUUAGCAGCGCGCAGUUCGGUUUUCAAAGCCAUGUUCAAAAAUAAUAUGCAAGAAAGCCAGACAAAUCACAUUACGAUCACAGAUAUGGAACAAGAAACAUUCGAAGAAAUGUUACGAUACAUUUAUACUGGAAAGAUGCCAAAUUUGGAGGAAUGGGCCUUCGAAUUACUCCCAGCUGCGGAUAAAUAUGACCUGAAAGAAUUGAAAAACGCGUGUGAACGACUUUUGCUCACAGAAAUAUCAGCAGAAAAUGUAGGCAAAGUUUUAGUACUGGCUGAUAUGCAUAAUGCUGACGAAUUAAAGGCACAUGCUUUACUAUUCAUCAAAGAGAAUUCUGCCGAUUUCGAGCCAGAGAUAUGGAAUGUUUUGACCGAAUCCCGUCCUGGUUUGAUGAAAGAUAUUCUAGCUAUAUUGUUAAAGAAGUAAACGAAUAACGAUACGUAUUGUAUUAGGCAGGUACCUAUUUUUUUUCUCUUAAUGAACUCCGGAGAUUUGUAAUGUCCCGUCUGAAAACAUGAUUUGUACAUAAUUAUUAUGUAAUACUUCAUCCCGAAUCAUGAAUAUAAUUCUGGAUUUUUUUUUUUACGUAUGACCCAUGCAUCAAAAUUUAAUUAGUUCAUACUUCUGUGUACAAAAAUAUAUUCGUAUUAGUUAUUUUGUAAAGUUAUACUCGUAAGUAUGUAAGUAUUUCCCAAUUAAAAAUAAUACUCAUUAACUAUGUGUUUCGUAUUUUAUGCAAUUUUUAUAAUUAUUAUUAUCGUUUAAUAAAGAAGUGAAAAUUGCAUGAUUAUCUGUCGGAUGUCUCAUCUUAUCUCAUUGUGUAUGUUGUAUCUUAUCGAUAUUCUCGUCCAAAUUAGAAUAGGUAUUAGCGAAAUGUAAAUAAUACAGUUCUCUGAUUUGUAAGUAAAUACGCGAUGGCUAAAAUUGAAUCAACCUCCUCCCCCCCCUCUCACGGCCCAUAAAGCGUCAUGCGACCUAUCUAAAUGGAUUACAAUUUCCUGAGAGUUUCAAACAUUACUAUGAAAAUAUUUUUAGACGCGUUUAUAUGAUUUUUGUGUCGGGGUUUUUUCCAAAAUUUGCGUCACGCUCGUCCACAUCACGAAAACGUGGAAAAAAAUCAGUUGACUUUCUGAAAUUAUGCCACACUUUGAAGAACUUGAAAGAAACCCGAUCAAUCGGUGAGAGGUUGACUUUUGAAGACGAGGGUAAAACCGGUUGUCUUUCUAACGUUAUGUCAGACUUUUAAAACCUUGGAAAAGAAAAACUAUUGAUUUUCUGUCAUUAUGUCUGACUUCGGAAGAAAAUCAACGAAUUAGACACUUGAAAUCAAUCAUACAUAUCAAACUUUUAAAAAUUGGCUUUCUGAUAUUUCAUCAGGCUUUUUUUUUAAAUUUGAAAUUCUAAAUAUUGAGUUGACUUGCCUAAGCAGAAAACAUAUUCAUGAUUUAAAACUUUCCUCGGAGAGGACAUAGACUUAGAGCCCAAAAUUGGGUCAUGAUUUCUGGAAUUUUUGAAAAAGAAUCACGCUACUUAUCAAAAUGAGUUCAAAUUUCAAGAGAAAUUCAAAUAGGUACCUAUUGUAAGUAUUUUUAUCAUUUUAUCAAAUCAAAUCUCAUUUCAAGAAUUUUGAGCCCAAAAUAAAGUCAAUUUUUUUGAGUAGGUAAUAGGUAUCGUAAACGACUCGUCAAAAUAAAUCCAAAGUUGGUACCUAGUCUAAAUAGAUACCUAUCUACUUGUACAGGGUGCCCAGAAAUAUCGAGCACCCUGUGAGAGGGAUAUAUGCCGUUCCUGUAAGGGAUAUUAGGGACAGAUUACCACCCUUGUGGUGGUAACACUGAACAGCGUCGCGAGCUGGACGUCGAGUCCGGUGAUCGGCGCUGCGGCCGUUAUUCGUCAUGUACUACUGUGUAGUGUCGGGUCAGUUAAUUUGAGUUUAUUGGGCACGUUCGCGUGAAUGGUUAAUUUGAACUUAUUAUUUCUUUGUAAUGUCAAUUUGAAUUUAUAUGGUUAAUUUGAGUUUAUCAGUGUAUUAAUUGUGUUAAACGGUUUCGCCGAAGAAGGCAAUUAUUAUAUUAUUGUUUCAUUGUGAAAUUGUGUUUAAAUCGACAUGUAUCGUAAUUGAAUACAUAAUUCUACCAACA